CAGGGGCCCGUUUCACAAAGCAGGUUUAGUGAAAACUCUGAGUUAGUUAACCCUGAGAUGAGGGAAACUCUGGUUUUUCAGUUUCACAAAGCCAGUUCAGCUUUACUCUGAGUCAGUUACCCUGGCAACAUACUCCGUGAACCUAACCUGCUCGCUGGCAGGUUUUCUUCAACUAACCCCGAGUUUCUCCUGCUCUUAAGUUGAAGCCUGCAGACUGAAGGCAGUGGCAGACAUGGCGUGUCCUUUUAUUGAAGAGCCAGUUGAUGUCGAGGCGCAGAUACUCCGCAGACAUCUCCACCGGGAGAGGAUUAUUAGACCCCGAUUGGAUGUUUUAUCAUUCCCUGAUGAGUAUCUGUUUGAGCGUUUCCGUUUCUCUGCAUCAUCUAUAAUUUAUAUAAACGAUAUUCUCAGCCCUCACAUCGCUCACAUGACGCAUCGUGGACAUGCUCUCAGUUCCGAGCAAAUUCUUUGUAUUGCACUUCGUUUUUUUGCCAACGGCAGUUUUUUGUAUAACGUCGGUGAUGCAGAGCAUGUGUCCAAGGCAACUGUCUGUCGGGCUGUCCGAAAUGUGACACUUGCACUGAAACGGCUACUAUGCACGUUUGUAGUGUUCCCAAGUCACAGACCCACCAGACUUCUCAAAGAAGAGUUCCACAGAAUUGCAGGGUUUCCAGGUGUGAUUGGCUGCAUAGAUGGCACUCACAUUCCUAUCAUCGCUCCUUCAAUAAAUGAAGGAGAUUAUGUGAAUAGGAAAUCUGUCCACAGCAUUAAUGUGCAGAUCAUAUGUGAUGGAGCCCACAUGAUUAACAAUGUGGAAGCGAAGUGGCCUGGGUCUGUGCAUGACUCACGAAUGUUUCGUGAGUCGACACUGAGUGCCAGAUUUGCCGGUGUAGAGUUCGAUGGUUACCUACUCGGAGACAGAGGGUACCCCUGCCAGCGCUAUCUGCUGACCCCUUACCCUGACCCUGAGCCUGGCCCACAGCGACACUACAACUUGGCUCACUGCAGGACACGAGCCAGAGUGGAGAUGACCAUCGGGAUACUCAAGGCCCGGUUCCAGUGCCUUCGUAGGCUCAGGGUCACCCCAGAGAGAGCUUGUGACAUUAUAGUGGCAUGUGUGGUUCUCCACAACAUUGCCACUAUUAGAGGAGAACAAUGUCCUACUCUUUCCCCCUGUGAUCCAGGUAUUAAUCAUACCCCCCCUGCUGAUACACGAGAUGGAAGAGCUGUUAGAGACAUGAUAUGUGUCAAUCAUUUCUAACUGACCCAUCACCUCCCCAAUGUUCAAGAACGACAAUAUGCAUCUCAUUUUAUGAGGUCUUCUUUAUUUCCUAGAAGGACAAAUUUUGUACAGUUGUUAAUCCUUUGUUGUUGAAACAAUUAAAAAACAUCCACCUGUGGGCACGUCACCCACCUUUAA